AUGGCUCCAGAGGCAGGGGAAUCUUUGCAUGAUGCCACCUGGGCGGAAGUGUUGCGGCCGGAAGGCUCCAACCACCAGCCGUUCCAGCGCAGCGCCCACUGGGAGCUGCGGGCCACGGUCAGACCGGGCCGGUCGCCAUGGCGACAAGACGGCUUGUGUGGGCAGUUGAGGGAGUUUGUGGCGUCCUCGGCUUCCCCGCGGCAGCAGCGGCAACGGCAGCAGGAGGAGGGACCGGGAGCGGCCAGGGGAGAGGACAUGGACGAGGAGAGUCUGCAGGAGCUUUACUCGUGGGUGGACGCGAUGCAGCUGUCCAGGGCCAAGCGCAACCUCGCCCGGGACUUCAGUGAUGGAGUCUUGAUUGCCGAAGUGGUAAAAUUUCAUUUUCCCAAGAUGGUUGAGAUGCACAACUAUACUCCAGCCAGCUCGACGCAGCAGAAAAUGAGCAACUGGGCUCACCUGAACAGGAAAGUGUUCACCAGGCUAAACUUCUACGUCCCAGAUGACGUGGUCCGUAAAGUGGUGCAGUGCUCACCUGGAGUUGUGGAGUUUGUGCUGAGCACCUUGAGGCUGAAGAUAGGAGAGAAGCUGAAACAAAAACACAACAAAACGAUUCCUUCACCACAGGAUCUCGAGUAUUACAGCAUGGCAGUGGAACAGGACUUGGCAUCUCCACGGACAAGGGGAAAUGCAACAGGGAACCAUCACGAUAUUCAACUACAAGCUGACUACUCCAAAAGCCACACAAAGGCACAGUCCAGCUACGCACAGCUGAGCCCAGAGGUCAGGAUCCUGAUGGAGGAGAAAGAACUAGCACUGCUGGCUUUUCGAGAAACCGUCCAGAUUCUUCAGGUGAAAAUUCGCCGCCUCGAGCAGCUUCUGUGCCUGAAAGAUGUCCGAAUUGAUGAUCUCACUCGUCGCCUACAGCAGGCUGAACAGAGAUAAAAAGCCUUCAUCCCUCCCUUGACAAGCAAGCAUGACAUGACAAACCCCUUCAAGUCUUUAUUUAAAUCAGAUUAUGUUUUAAGCCGAUAAUAAUGAAAGUAAAAAGCCUCUAGUACCCAGCAGCCUGUCAGAAACCAAAAAUGGCAGUCCAAAAAUGACCCCCCCCCCCCCCCCCAAAUAAUACACCAAGCGCUGGAGAUAGUCAGCAGGUCAGGCAACAUCAAUGGAGAGAGGAAUUGCGUUAGAAUAAAGGGUUUAGAAAACGUACAGGAGAACAGUACAGCAAUGGAACAGGCCCCCUCAGCCCACAAUGUUUAUGUCAAAUAUAAUAAUAGGUUAUAGUUAUAAGGUCAAAUGAAAAGGAGUAGAAUUAGGCCAUUUGCCCCAUCAAGUCUACUCUGCCAUUCAUUCAUGGCUGAUCUAUCUCUCCCUCCUAACACCAUUCUCCUGCUUUCUCCCCAUAACCUCUGACACCCAUACUAAUCAAGAAUUUAUCUAUCUCUGCCUUAAAAAUAUCAAUUGACUUGGCCUCCACUUCUGUGGCAAAUUAUUCCACAGAUUCACCACCCAUUGACUAAAGUGAGAUCAGCAGGUCUCAUCUGCCUGUAUAUAAUCCAUAAUCCCUCUAUUCCCUGCACUUCCAUGUGCCUAUCCAAAAGCCUCUUAAAUGCCACUAUAAUAUCUGCUUUCACCGCCAUCACUAGCAAUGCGUUCCAGGCACUCACCAUCAUCUGUGUAAAAGACUUGCCCCACACAUCUCCAUCAAGCCUUGCCCCUCUCACCAUAUAGGUACACCCUCUAGUGUUGGACACUUGCACCCUGGGAAAAAGGUUAUGACUCUCUACCCUAUCUAUGCCUCUCCUAGUUUUAUAUAUUUCUACCAAGUCUCCCCGCAACCCCAGUUCCAGAGAAAACAAUCCACUCCCCACACACUGGGGAUAAUUUACUGAAGGCAAUUAACCUACAAACCCACACGUCUUUGGAAUGCAGGUGGAAACCCACGCGGUCAAGGGGAGAACGUAAAAACACCUCAAGGAACGGCAACGGAGGUCAGGAUGGAAUCUGGGUCUCUGGCAGCGUGAAGCAGUGGCUCUACCGGGAUCUCCGGUUUCCUCCCACACUCCAAAGAUGUACAGCUUGUUGGUUCAUUGGCCCCAGAGAAAACCCACGCGGGUCACGGUGGGAACGUACAAACUCCGAACAGACAGCACCCGUGGUCGGGAUGGAACCCGGGUCUCUGGCGCUGUAAGGCAGCAACUCUACCACUGCACCACUGUGCCUAUAUAAAGACCUUUCCCCAGGAUUGCAGCAACCAGAUAGAUACACAACUGCAUCCAUUCCAGCACGCUUUGGCAUUUGUCCUUUGCAAGAACUUAAAGUUGAUAUAAUCCAAGAAGCCCUUCUUUACAGAUUCAGAUGAGCUGAAUAUAAGGAGUCCUCUUCUUGCGAUUAGAGAGUAAUGCUGCUUUAAGAAUGAAUACCCUGAUGACAGGAUGCAAGAAAAAUUGUCAGACUGUUCUGGGUACCAUUGUUUCAAGAGAACAUCAUCUCCCUGGUACAUUUACAAUGUGGUUAAAUAUAGAGCAAUUUGUAGUCUGUCGUGUUCAGUUGACUAGUAACUGGCACACUUGUUUGAUGAGUUUGAUUUGAACUGUAAUAAUUAGGAAUCGUUUUUAUCUGUAUCCGACAAUUUACAUUUACCAAUGUAGGAUUCAGUUGUGUGUACAAUAUAAGAUUAAUGUAAAUUAAUUUAGUUUAGUUUAGUUUAGAGAUACUGUGCGGAAACAGGCCUUUCGGCCCACCGAGUCCGCGCCGACCAGCGAUCACCCCGUACACUAGCACCACCCUACACACACUUGGGGUAAUGUACAAUCUUUACCCAAGCCAAUUAACCGACAAACUUGCACAUCUUUGGAAUGUGGGAGGAAUGAAUGCCCACGCAAGUCACGGGGAGAACGUACAAAGGCAGCACCCGUAGUCAGGAUCGAACCCAGGUGCUGUAAGGCAGUAACUCCACCGCUACGCUAACCAUGCUGCCAUUGCAUGCACCUAAUUUAGAGCUGCUUAUUAUUUUACAUGACUACUGUGUGUAGGAUAGUGCUAGCGUGCGGGAAUCGCUGGUCGGCUCGGACUUGGAGGGCCAAAGGGCCUGUUUCUGUGCAGUAUCUCUAAACUAAACGUAAUUAUUUCGAACUAUUUUCCAAUGAUUUUAAAUCAGUUUUUUUUACUGCAGACAAAUAAAACCAGAAAUGGGAAAAGGAGAAUGGGGAGGAAUGGUAAAAGGACAUUUCUGUACCAAAAGGAGAAAGGGGGCAGGAGCAGAAUUAGACAGUUCGGCUCAUCAAUAAACAGUAGACAAUAGGUGCAAGAGUAGGCCAUUCGGCCCUUCGAGCCAGCACCGCCAUUCAAUGUGAUCAUGGCUGAUCAUCCUCAAUCAGUUCCUGCCUUCUCCCCAUAUCCCCUGACUCCGCUAUUUUUAAAAGCCCUUUCUAGCUCUCUCUUGAAAGCAUCAAGAACCUGCCUUCACCGCCCUCUGAGGCAGAGAAUUCCAGAUUCACCACCCUCUGAUGAAUGAAAUUCCUCAUCUCCUUCCUAAAGGAGCGUUCUUCAAUUCUGAGGCUAUGACCUCUAGUCCUAGACUCUCCCACUAAUGGAAACAUCCUCUCCACACCAACGCUAUCCAGGCCUUUCACUAUUCUGUACAUUUCAAUGAGGUCCCCCCUCAUUCUUCUAAACUCCAGCGAGUACAGGCCCAGUGCAGACAAAUGCUCAUCAUAUGUUAACCCACUCAUUCCUGGGAUUCUCGUAAACCUCCUCUGGACCGUCUCCAGAGGCGGCACAUCCAUCUGUCUGUGACUUACACCCAUUGUCAGAGCAUUCUGAUAAUAGAAACAUAGAUAAUAGGUGCAGGAGUAGGCCAUUCGGCCUAUGAUCAUGGCUGAUCAUCCAACUCAGUAUCCUGUACCUGCCUUCUCUCCAUACCCCCUGAUCCCUUUAGCCACAAGGGCCACAUCUAACUCCCUCUUAAAUAUAGCCAACGAACUGGCCUCAACUACCUUCUGUGGCAGAGAAUUCCAGAGAUUCACAACUCUCUGUGUGAAAAAUAUUUUUCUCAUCUCGGUCCUAAAAGAUUUCCCCCUUAUCCUUAAAUUGUGACCCCUUGUUCUGGACUUCCCCAACAUCAGGAACAAUCUUCCUGCAUCUAGCCUGUCCAACCCCUUAAGAAUUUUGUAAGUUUCUAUAAGAUCCCCCUUCAAUCUUCUAAAUUCUAGCGAGUACAAGCUGAGUCUAUCCAGUCUUUCUUCAUGUGAAAGUCCUGACAUCCCAGGAAUCAGUCUGGUGAACCUUCUCUGUACUCCCUCUAUGGCAGGAAUGUCUUUUCUCAGAUUAGGAGACCAAAACUGUACGCAAUACUCCAGGUGUGGUCUCACCAAGACCCUGUACAACAGCAGUAGAACCUCGCUGCUCCUAUACUCAAAUCCUUUUGCUAUGAAGCGGGACUGCGGGGGCUGCUGGUGCCUUUGUGACAUCUGUAAUGUGUUAAUUCAUUGACAAUAUAGAAAAAAAUUAUUAAAAAUCACAUUCCUCUUUGUUCUGGACCAAAGGCCAUUGUAUCAGGUGUUCUUAAAUAAAAUAAAGCCUUGAUUGCCGUACCCAAUUCUUAUGUAUUUUAUUUAACAGUACCCAUACUAAAAACUAAAUAGGAUCAAGAGUGUUUUAUUGUCACAUGUCCCAGAUAGAACAUUUAAAUUCUUACUUGCAGCAGCAUAACAGAAUAUGUAAAUAUAGUACACUGGAAACAAUGUAAUAAACGAGA